CCACCCCCCAUCUACUCCGGCUCAACAAUUUCAACGGCAACUAUGUCAUGUUCGGAGAAUUCUGCAUCCAGACCGUUUUCAGUGAGUGCUUUAAUCUGCUCCGGCCAGGCUCAGCCUUACUGCCCCGGGGGUUAUUUGUCCCCUCGGCUAGACCGGGGCUACGGUGCGCCGAGCUGUCAUCCAAAAGACGCCGGGAUGAGCCAACAGCAAGGUUUCAGUCUGGUUCCACAUCAGUACGUGCCAGGCAUGGCGGGGUGGGCGACGCCACCUCCAUCGGGCCACGCAAGCCGACUUCAACAGCUGGGUGCUUAUUCCUACCCCUCUGGCGUGAAGGAGGAAGCCGGCUAUUGUGUAUUAGACGGGGACAAACACCCGAAGGCGGCCGCGGAGGUCUCCGUGUACCCGAGAGCGGUUUCCGAAACGUGCACCGGCGGUGGCGGCAGGGCCCCGGCCAUCCCCGUCUAUUUUCGCUCCGAACCGAGCUACGCACCCAACAAGCCGACGGAUUACAACCCGCCGCAGCCGGCCUCCGCUCCCUGCCCGGUUCCGGCCAACGCCGCCUUCGCUCGACCCUUCGCCACUUCGUCCUCGUCGGAACCAGGUGAAAGGCCCCUGAAAGUGAGCGACGCAGGCGACCCCGGGAAGCUCAGGGAGGGCAGAGGGUGUGACUUUGUACCCGAUGCGCCCACUUUAGAAUUUCCUGCCGCCGAUCGAGCUCUCCACAAGAAACAAACUAAAGAAAGCCCGAAGGCCGAGAAUACGAUAAACUGGAUGACGGCAAAGGGGGGACGGAAAAAACGUUGCCCCUACACCAAACAUCAGACGCUGGAGCUGGAGAAGGAAUUCCUCUUCAACAUGUACCUGACUCGAGAGCGCCGCCUGGAGAUCAGUCGCAGUGUGAACCUUACCGACAGGCAGGUCAAAAUCUGGUUCCAGAACAGAAGAAUGAAGCUGAAGAAGAUGAGCCGAGAGCACAGAAUUCGGGAAAUAUCGACUGCGUUUCCCAUCUGAUGAAGCCGUUGUGAUUUUCUUUUCUUUUUCAAUUUAAGGACGAGACGGUGGAUGAUCUCGUUGUGGAAAUCCGAAUGC